UUAUUUCUUAGCUCGAGUAGCUUUGUCAUAGUUUUCUUGGCAUUUUCCUAGUAAAGGAUCAUGUCAUAUGCAAGUAAAGAUAGUUUUACUUCAUCCUUUCCAAUUUAGAUGACUUCUGUUUCUUUUUAUUGCCUAAUUGCUCUAGCUAGAACUUCUAGCAGCUUUCCUCCAUUUUUGGUUGACUACUCUUUUUGUUUUCUUUUUUCCUGUUCUUUCUUUCAAGGUCCACACAAGAGCAAAAAUGUAAUAAAAACUGUAGUGUUUGUAACUGGAAACAAUAAAUUCAAGCAUAAACAAAUUAAAUCUAGUUACAGUACAGCUUUCUAGAAAAGAUGUAGACACUCUUAAAAAUGAUUGAGGCACAGAAGCUAAAGUAUGUAAUCCAGAGUUUGCUCCCAGGAGCAGCUAAGAGAGAAGCUAAGACAGAAGCCCAGAGACUUUUUGGAGAAAGCCAUGGAAACCAGAGGCUAAACCCGGGAGAGGACCAGCAGACUCCGGCCAUGUGCCUUCCCAUGUGACGGAGGAACCCCAAAUGCCAUCAGCCGUUCUUCAGAGAAGCUUUUCUAUCAGGGAUCUUCCAUUGUAAGCAAAUACAUACCUCUUUAUGGUACAAGCUCGAGGUAUUAUGUUGAGAGAAAAUGUGAAAACAAUAGGACAUAUGAUCAGGCUGUACACAAAUAAAAACACUACACUCAACGGUACAGAUUAUCCUGAAGGCAGUAACUCAAGUGAUUAUCUUGUUCAGACAACAACGUAUCUUCCGGAAAACUUCACAUAUUCACCAUACCUCCCUUGCCCAGAAAAACUGCCUUACAUGCGGGGUUUCCUCAAUGUCAAUGUAAGUGAAGUCAGUUUCGAUGAAAUUCAUCACCUCUUCUCCAAGGAUUUAGAUAUUGAGCCAGGAGGUCACUGGAGGCCAAAAGACUGUAAACCCAGAUGGAAGGUGGCAGUUCUCAUUCCUUUCCGUAAUCGCCAUGAACAUCUUCCAAUUUUUUUCUUGCACCUGAUUCCAAUGCUCCAGAAACAGAGGUUGGAAUUUGCCUUUUAUGUCAUUGAACAGACUGGCACACAGCCUUUUAACCGUGCAAUGCUUUUCAAUGUGGGCUUCAAAGAGGCCAUGAAAGACAGUGUCUGGGACUGCGUAAUUUUCCAUGAUGUGGAUCAUCUACCAGAAAAUGACCGAAACUAUUAUGGAUGUGGAGGAAUGCCACGUCAUUUUGCAGCAAAGCUGGACAAAUACAUGUAUAUUCUUCCAUAUAAAGAGUUUUUUGGUGGUGUAAGCGGACUGACGGUGGAACAAUUCAGAAAGAUCAAUGGCUUUCCUAAUGCCUUCUGGGGAUGGGGAGGAGAAGAUGACGACCUUUGGAAUAGAGUUCACUAUGCUGGAUAUAAUGUGACAAGACCAGAGGGAGAUUUAGGAAAAUACAAGUCUAUUCCUCAUCACCAUCGAGGCGAAGUCCAGUUUUUAGGGAGGUAUAAAUUAUUAAGGUAUUCAAAAGAGCGCCAGUACAUCGAUGGAUUGAACAAUUUAAUAUAUACACCAAAAAUACUGGUUGAUAGGUUGUAUACAAAUAUAUCUGUAAACCUCAUGCCAGAGUUAGCACCAAUUGAAGACUACUAAAAGAAGUAGCUCUCAUGGUAAGAUAGACCACAGUGCUGGAUUAUAAACUUGGAAUGCCCCCUUAAUGGAGGUUAAUGAAUGGAUGUAGCAGGGUGCCUGUUCUCCGUGAAGAAGAAGAGACAGUAGUCCUCAGUGUUUACAGUAUGGGCCUAUAUACAGACAGCCGCCUUCUACCCAUCUUCUUUACUUGGAGACGCACCCCCAUGACGAGUGCUGCAGAAACCAGAUGCCGUUGCUUAAUGUUGGAAGUUGAGAGCUCCCUACAAAGAGAAAAUUUUUAUACUAAAAUCUGUAAUUUAAUUCAAGAGAAUGCUUUAUUUCCAUUUAAACAGAUUUUGUACAUAUACAUAUGUGAUGUAAAAUAAUGUGUUCAAAUUAUUGAAAAGUAAGAUGUGUUGCAGUUUUGCAUGUAAUUGGUUAUGCCUUUAUUUGAUUUUUAUAAACAUUUUUUUAUUUGCAUGGAAAAAACAGUGUAAAUUUAUGUCACUAAACAAAGGUUAACCCUUGUGUGAAAUGAAGGAACUGUCAAUAAUUGACAGCCAGCUAAUACAGCAAACUGUUAUACUAGUUUUGCGCUUUAGGCCAUCAGCCUUUUUGUAUGGAAGAAGUCACAGCUUUCUUAGGGUUUUAAAAGGUAAGAAGAAAAGACUUACAUGGUUUUCUUCCUACCAGGAUUACCUAAUUUUUCCUUGCUUGUAUUCUCAUCAGAUUUUGCUAAAUUACAACCAUAUUGUUUAAACAUAUUGCAUGAGUAUUACCAAGAAAAAAAUUUGUGAUGUGUGACAUUAUAUAAAGGACCUCUUUAUGUUAAAUGUCUUUCAAGUACCUCUGGUGUGUCAGGGAUUUUGUGCCUCAAAAAGUGUCCCCAAGGUUGUGUGUGUGUUUGUGUGCUGUAUUUUUUUUUUUAUUCAUAGUGAAUAGCACUUUUUAUUACUUCCAGUUCAGAAGAGCCAAAAAAAAAAAGUAUUUUCAUUUAAAAACAAAACUUUUUUUUUAAAAAGAAUGAGCUUUGGAAAACCCAGUAAUACUUAUAACAUACAAAUGAAUUACAGUAUUAGAUAAGAAAUUAAAUACUCUAUUUUUGUGAAGAUAAGUCUUAGUAGAUAAAAACAAGUUUUAAAUUUACUUCUCAGAAUCAUAGAACUUAAGGUUUAGAAGGGAUUUGUUAAGGUCAGCCAGUUUCCAUUCGAACUUUUUUUUUUUCCCCACUUUUAAGAAAUUAGCUCUCCGGUGUUAGUUAUUAAACUUUCCUCGCUAUAAGCAUAAUUUAAUAGAAUUAUGUUAAAAACCAUAAUCAGUUAUUUAAAUGCACUGAUAUCAUUAAAUAACAUAAAAUAUGUCUCUGAAUACAGGUCUUACUGUCUGAUGUCAAGUAUGAACUUUACCUUAAAUUUAGAUGAAGUUUUCCAUUGCGAAAGCAAACAAUAUCCUUGCUUUGAAAAUUAUCAGUUAUUAACCAAAACCUCUUUAAAAUAUCUUAAGAUAUUUUCAAAAAUUUAAGACAAAAACUUGUAGAUUUAUAAAAUGAAUCUUUAACAACAAUAAAGAACUAUAAAAAUCUGUAUGUGACAGAGAUGUUUGGAUAGCAUUUGCUUUGUGGAUUUUUCACCUAAAACAGGAAGGUGGCUGUUUAUUUCAGGUUGUAAGUGAUUUUGAAGUGUUCAUUUUUUCUGACAAUACUGGUAAUGCAUACGGCCACAAGCCAAAUCAUAAAAUAAUUGAAAUUCUUAUAACACUGAAAAUACAGCUGUCUGUUAGGAUACCAAAAAUAAUUUUGCCACCUUUAUUUAUUAGAAAAAUUUCCAAAAUAUUUAUCUUUCAGUUUUUUUGUGGUACUCUCAAAAUAAUGAAAAAUCAGACCUUCUGAAAAUUAAGAUAUUUGUACCUACUUUGUGUAUCCAUUCGUUUUAUGCCUCUCGUAGCCACCAUACUUUAAAAAUGUGAUGAAGAAAAAAGUAUUGGGAAUGGUAAAGUUUAUUGAUCGCUGACCAAGGCAGUUGUUGAUUUCUUACAAGGCAGUAGGAAUAUAGGAGCAUGAUUAACCCAAGAAUACUUAAAUAUUUUAGAGGUGGGGAGAAUUAGGGCUGUUUUCUGUCUCUUAUUGAGGAAACAUAGUUUUCUAUUUUUAAUGUGGAGCUGCCCAUACUUUGAUAUCUUUUCAUUUUGAUGUACAUUUUAUAGUCUCAAGAAAACUAAGUACUACUAGUAUCUGCCUUAUUUUCUUGGAUUGUCUGACGUUAAUUUGUGCUUUAGGGGCUGGACAUGUCUCUUUUUUUCAGUUUUGAAUAUGAUGUGUCAUGUGAAAUCCUCCUUGCUAGUUUGCUUUUUGUUUUACGCUUUUUGUUCAUUUGUUUUUGUUUUUGUUUUGUUUUUUGCUUUUCAAGUGCAGGGCUAAAAUUUAUUUUUGCCUAUAAACAGGGAUCUUUAUGUUUCCAUAAGAAUGACAGAACUUUGCCCAGUUAUCUUCCUUGUAGGAAAAUAAAUCUGUUUCAUAGAAAUGAACAAAUCCAUUGCAAAUGCCAACUGUAUUCUUUAUAGUUAUGUUUGGUAGAUUUAUUAAUCACCAUGUAAUGACUUCCUAUUCUGUAUCAGGUGCUAUGCUGGGUAUGUCUAUGGAAAGAGUAUUAUUUCAUUUCUAAACAAAACAAGUCAAAGAAGUUGAAACCUUUCUAAAAUUAUGAAGACAUCCUAUGAUAACUUAUCUGUUAUAUUUCUUAGUUUCAAAGUCAGUGAACCUAUAUACAAGGACAUUGGCUAUUACAAGGUCCCUUUGGCACUCCUGGGAGAGUAAACAUAGUGCCUUUCAACUAAGUAAAGGUUAAUAGGCCUAUUUGUAGGGGAGAAAGGAAACAUUGCACACAUUUGCUGAUACGCUGUGUCUAAUUCACAGUAGAGACAGUCAUUUAAACCCUUGCCAAAACUAGGGUUUAAUAUUUUUUAAAAAACCUAAAUUUAAAUUUCUGUUUGUAUUUUAUGAAGAGAUGUUCAUUUAGAAAAUCUUAUUUGCGGUAUUAGGUAAAUACAAAAUUAUGUAUCAAAACUUGCUUCUACUUCCCCAAAUACUGAUACCCAUUUUAAAACAGAAUGGAAAAAUACCAAUAUAAUAUUCUCAUUUUGGAUGUUCCCUAUAAGUGAAAGCAGAUUUUGUGUCAUUUUAUUUGGCCUUUGCUUGUCUGUUAUAUUUCUUUUCGUCAUUUUCAGAUAAGUAUUAGUAGUCUAGAUUUAUUGCUUUAGAUUUGCAAAUAUGCCGACCGAGAGAACUAAAAUGAUCAUGGUGUUGUUUAUCAGAAAGAGAAAGUGUACUUAAGAUUAUUUUAUUUAUUAAGAUAUGAAAGGCUUCUACAUAAAUGCACUGAAAUAAAAGCUAAUAAUUUCUUGUACUCUCAUAUUUCUUUUUUUCCUUUUGCUUCUCAUGGAAGUGUUUGUACUUUUUUAUCAUUGUCUUUUAUGAAAUAUAAUGUUUAAAGAUUUUGUGUGAUGAAGUAAUUAUUUCUCCCAAGAACUUCUUUUGGCUUAUCUAGUUUUUUUGGUUGCUUGUUUUCUCUCAAUUUCAAGUGAAUGGUUGAUGAAUAUAUUGGUUGUCAGUAGGGUUGCAACGUAAGUAGAAGGCAACUUCAACUUCUGUGUUUUCAGCACUUUCAGUUAAAUACACUUAGAGAUCACCUCAUAGCUUUUACUUCAAAAGAGACAGAAUAGUAUUUAAAUAUUUUUUGUUAAAACAAUUAUCUAAGUGUAUCAAAAUGAAUAUUUAAGAAUUCAGUCUUAGUAUAAAUUUUCUCUGCGCGCAAUUUCAAUAAACUAAGGGACCAUGUUAUGGUCACUUCUUGUUUUUCAGGUAUCACUCUUUAAGGCAAAUAGCAAAUCUCAAAAUACCUAGGUUUUAUAUGUAUUCAGUACUCAAGAGUAGAUUGUUAGAUUAUGGCUUUUAUCAACGUAAAUUAUUUGUGUAAUGAAUUGCUAGUAUUAAUAUUUAUGUAAAGUAUGAUCUACAGGGUUAUGGCUGCUAUAUGUCAUGAAGAAAGCCAAUUGGUAUCAUAAAAUUUAGUCAUCUUAGUCUGCGUCGAUUUCCUACCUAUGAUUUCAGUGUGUUCUCUGAUGAAACAUGCAGACUCAAUUUAGUGACUUUAUGUUUCUUUUGUGCUGGAUUUAAGAUAGUAGAAAUAUUCUGGAUCAAACUGUUUUAUUUAGAGAAGGCUGUCCUUAAAGAAUGUGUUCAGUAUUGCUCUUGAUUUAUGUGACUUCAGAAAGACAGUGGUUUAUCACUCAGCUAUACUACGAUUACAGGAAAAAUAUGGAUUGAAAAAUAAAACUUGGAUAUUUCUCAACACAUUUCA